GAAGUUAGAAAAUAAAACAUAUGCAUGUAUAGACAUGCUGCUUAACUAUACUCACAAACACUGCAGAUCCGGACUCUCACGCUUAAUCAUGUCCAGUGUCCCACACCAGCCUCAUCACGUCACCUUGCAGAAGCACUCUGCUCUAUGCCAAAGCUGACUAAUCUGAAACUUGAAAGGGAUCUCACUCAGGAGUUCUACUCUACAUUGAAAGAAAAGGCAUCAUCCAUUGAGAUCCAGACUCUCAAGCUUGAUCAUAUCGAGUGUCCCACACCAGCCUCAUCACAUCACCUUGCAGAAGCAGUGUCUUCUAUGCCAAACCUGACUGACCUGACACUCUAUGCAGGGGAUUUCAAUGAGGAUUUCUACUCUACAUUGACAGCAAAGGCAUCAUCCAUACAGGUCCAGACUCUCCAGAUUGAACGCAUCCAUUGUCCCACACCAGCCUCAUCACAUCACCUUGCAGAGGCUCUGUGUUCUAUGCCAAACCUGACUAACUUGUCACUCUCUGGAGAGGAUCUCACUGAGGAUCUGUGCUAUACUUUGAAAGCAAAUGCAUCAUCCAUACAGGUCCAGAAUUUCCAGCUUGCACGCAUCAAGUGUCCCACACCAGCCUCAUCACAUCACUUUGCAGAGGCUCUGUGUUCUAUGCCAAACCUGACUUACCUGACACUCUUAGGAGGGGAUCUCAAUGAGGAGCUCUGCUAUACUUUGAAAGCAAAGGCAUCAUCCCUACAGGUCCAGUCUCUCGAGCUUGAUGGUCUCCUGUGUCCCACACCAGCCUCAUCACAACACCUUGCAGAGGCAAUGUGUUCUAUGCCAAACCUUACUGACCUGGAACUCUAUGGAGGGGAUCUCACUGAGGAUUUCAACUCUACUUUGAAAGCAAUGGCAUCAUCCAUACAGGGUUGUUUUCCUCAGAUCAGGAAAGGAAAUUUCAGGUUCAAUGAACAAGCUCAAGAUGACUUGGACUCAUUUCUUCAGACCCUCACAUGUUCGGAAAGCUUACAUGAAUCGGACGGCUCAAAUGACUCUGACAACUCGGCCGACUUGGACAGCUCAAGUGACUCGUAUGUCUCGGCCGACUUGGACGGCUCAAGUGACUCGUAUGUCUCGGCCGACUUGGACAGCUCAAAUGACUUGGAUGGUUCGGCUCACUCGGGCAAGUCACAUGACUUCCAGCUCUGCUCUGUUGUGUAACCAUCCAGUCUCUGGAUAUCAUUAACCUUCCAAGUCUAGAAAUUUAGAUUUUAAUUUACAAGCAGUACUGGUAGAGACUUUGAUGUUGGCAAUACAUCAGAUAUUCUAUGUCAAUUCUCUCAGACACAGAGACGGUAUAGCAACAGUCGGACCAGGCCUUAUAAGAGGCAAGCUCCUUGUACUCAGUCAAGAGCUCCACAGGAUGAUCCUAAAAUUCCAGAGAAGCAAUCAAAGUAUGAAGUCUAGUUGUUAUAUGGUAUCGGUAGAGUAAGACAGUGUCCCGGGGUAACACUUCAUCUUGACUGUCUUUGUGUAUGCAUGCUACAGGGCUUCACACUAACUUUUUUUGGAAAAUUCGGGGGGGGGGGGACCAGACCUAGAUUUUGGGUGUCCAUGUGUCUCGGGUGCCUGGUGGUUUGGACUGCGAUAGCAAGAAAUUUGGGGUAAAUUUGGCGAUGUUUGCAAAGGUUUAAAUAUUGGUAAAAAGGCUGUUUUUUCCCCUUUUCACUUCAAUGAAUUCAGUCCACUACAGUCCGCUAUCUGGUAUUAUUUUAUACAUUUUACAAGAAUGAGAACACAAUAUUGUCACAAUGUUCGAAAACAUGUGAAAGGCCUAUGUAGAAUAAGCCCAAAACAGAGUAGUAUCAAGAGACCAUUGUGUACCUGUUUUAUGCAGAAAGGGGUCAUGUUAUGUGGAAAAUGUUUUUGAAAAAUACUCUAAAUAGGGGAUCAUAUUUUACUCUGCUAUGACAACACCAGGGACUAGUAGUUAUAAUGAUAACGGUGACUUUAGAUGUAGUAUUCAUGCCGUUAUGCCGUGACAGUGGCGCUCAAACAUUAUUACCCUGGUCCUAGGCAGCGGCCAAAUAUGUAGUGAUUUGGAAUAUCGGGUGCCCAUUUAUACCUGGGUGGAGAGUGGCAAAUGUGGAUUAAUGCCUUGUCAAGGAUGUGAGUGCAUUAGACAAUUUAUGUAGUGAUGUAGCAAGUAUCUCUCUCUAAGUGCCAUAUCAUUUGACUUUGGCGAUCAUGCUGUUCCACAACC